AUGGAGGAGUAUCCUGAGAAGUUAAGAGUACCUCUUGAUAGUAUAUUUGGCAACUCAUGGAGAUAUCUACCAAUAAUGUGGAUUUAUUUAUUAAUAUGGUGGAAAGAUAAUUUUGGAACUGUGGCACCUGAAUUGACAAAAGUUGUGGUAAGAGUUCUUUCUAUUCCUAUCCCAUCAACUGCAAUAAGUAAAGUUACAAAUGUAGGUGAAGAUAUUGAUGAUAGCGAUGAUGACAAUAAUGAUGAUACUGUUGAUGAUAGUGAUGACAAUGUUGAUAAUGUUGAUAAUAGUGAUAUUAAAAGUGAUGAUGGAAAUGAAUUAUCUGUAAACAUUUAA